GGGCUUCGAUACGGAAGUGGCGGCGGGGGCUGCCGGGAAGGGUAGGGAGCUGCGGGUCGGUAGCGGCUGCUCCUGUCUCCGCGGCGCCGGGGAAGCUCCCGCGGUCCCUGCCCGCCGGAUCCCGGCUGGUGGGCGCUGCGGCCGCCCGUGCCUAGCGGAGCUGUCGCCAUGCACGACGCCUUUGAGCAUGUGCCGAUCCUGGAGAAGCUGCCGCUGCAGAUCGACUGCCUGGCGGCCUGGGAGGAAUGGCUCCUUGUUGGUACCAAGCAAGGGCAUCUUCUUCUUUACAGGAUCAAGAAGGACAUAGGUUGCAAUAGAUUUGAAGUGACGCUAGAGAAAUCCAACAAGAACUUCUCAAAAAAGAUUCAGCAGAUUCAUGUUGUUUCUCAGUUUAAAAUUCUGGUCAGUCUGUUAGUCCCGGCUCUCCCGACUCCAGCAUGCGUAGAUUUCAGCUGCCUGCGUCCUCAAAAUAACAUUUAUGUCCAUGACCUGCUGACAUUUCAACAAAUCACUACAGUUUCCAAGGCAAAAGGUGCAUCUCUGUUCACUUGUGACCUUCAGCAUUCAGACAAUGGAGAAGAGGUGCUGAGAAUGUGUGUGGCAGUGCGGAAGAAGCUGCAACUUUAUUUUUGGAAGGACAGGGAGUUCCAUGAACUACAAGGUGACUUCAGUGUACCUGAUGUGCCCAAAUCUAUGGCCUGGUGUGAAAACUCCAUCUGUGUAGGUUUCAAGAGAGACUAUUACCUGAUACGGGUGGAUGGAAAAGGAUCUAUCAAAGAACUAUUUCCAACGGGGAAGCAACUGGAACCAUUGGUUGCCCCUGUAGCUGAUGGAAAAGUUGCGGUUGGCCAAGAUGAUCUAACUGUUGUCCUCAAUGAAGAAGGGGUGUGUACCCAGAAAUGUGCAUUGAAUUGGACAGAUAUUCCGAUAGCCAUGGAACAUCAACCUCCCUACAUCAUUGCUGUUCUACCGAGGUAUGUGGAGAUCCGCACGUUUGAACCCCGGCUGCUGGUACAGAGUAUUGAGCUGCAGAGACCACGCUUCAUCACCUCUGGAGGGACAAAUAUUAUAUAUGUGGCAAGUAAUCACUUUGUUUGGCGGCUCAUCCCGGUGUCCAUAGCCACACAGAUCCAGCAACUUCUGCAGGAUAAGCAGUUUGAGUUGGCUUUGCAGUUAGCGGAAAUGAAAGAUGAUUCAGAUAGUGAAAAGCGACAACAAAUUCACCACAUAAAGAACCUCUUUGCAUUCAACCUCUUCUGUCAGAAGCGCUUUGAUGAGUCAAUGCAAGUUUUUGCCAAGCUUGGAACAGAUCCCACUCAUGUGAUGGGUUUGUAUCCUGACCUGCUGCCAGCAGAUUACAGGAAACAGUUACAGUAUCCCAACCCCCUGCCAGGGCUCUCUGGGGCAGAGCUGGAGAAGGCACAUUUAGCUCUGAUAGACUACCUAACUCAGAAAAGGAGUCAGCUGGUGAAGAAGCUAAAUGAUUCUGACCAUCAAUCCAGUACUUCGCCUCUGAUGGAAGGAACACCCACAAUCAAAUCCAAAAAGAAGCUGUUGCAAAUCAUUGAUACCACCCUGUUAAAGUGUUACCUCCAUACAAAUGUAGCGCUUGUGGCACCAUUGCUGCGUCUGGAGAACAAUCACUGCCAUAUUGAGGAGAGUGAACAUGUACUGAAGAAGGCUCACAAAUACAGUGAGCUGAUAAUACUGUAUGAGAAGAAAGGUCUGCAUGAGAAAGCAUUACAGGUACUGGUGGAUCAGUCAAAGAAAGCCAACUCACCAUUGAAGGGUCAUGAGAGGACAGUGCAAUAUCUGCAGCAUUUGGGCACAGAGAAUUUGCACUUGGUAUUUUCCUAUUCUGUCUGGGUGCUAAGAGAUUAUCCUGAAGAUGGACUGAAGAUAUUUACAGAAGACCUGCCUGAAGUGGAAGCAUUGCCACGAGACAAAGUGCUCAGUUUUUUGAUUGAAAAUUUUAAAAGUUUGGCUAUCCCUUAUCUGGAACACAUCAUUCAUGUCUGGGAAGAAACUGGUGCGGACUUUCACAACUGUCUGAUCCAGCUGUACUGUGAGAAAGUGCAGGGCUUAAUGAAAGAAUAUCUCAGUUCUUUCCCUGCAGAUAAAUCUCCAGUGCCUGCUGGGGAGGAAGGAGGAGACUUGGGGGAUUACCGGAAGAAACUUCUCCUUUUUUUGGAGAAGUCUAGCUGUUAUGAACCUAGUCGAUUAAUUAGCGACUUUCCCUUUGAUGGUCUUCUAGAAGAACGUGCUCUGCUCUUGGGUCGUAUGGGGAAGCAUGAGCAAGCUCUGUUUAUUUAUGUUCACAUUCUGAAGGACACCAACAUGGCUGAAAACUACUGCCAUAAACAUUAUGACAGAAACAAAGAUGGCAACAAAGAUGUCUAUCUGUCUCUGCUUCGGAUGUAUCUCUCCCCACCUAGUGUUCAUUGCCUGGGGCCAAUCAAGAUGGAAGUGCUGGAGCCUCAAGCCAAUCUGCAGGCUGCUUUGCAGGUGUUGGAGCUACAUCACAGCAAACUGGAUACCACCAAGGCAAUAAACCUGCUUCCAGCAAAUACACAGAUUAGCGAGAUUCGAAUCUUCCUAGAGAAAGUCCUUGAAGAAAAUGCCCAGAAGAAAAGAUUCAAUCAAGUAGUCAAGAAUCUUCUCCAUGCUGAAUUUCUGAGGUGCGUUUGCCCGAUACCCCAAUGCAAUAGUUGUGCAUUAUUUCUGCUCCAAAGAAGUCAACACGUUGGACACCUGACCUGGCCUUGUUCAGUAAUCCCAACGCUCCUAUGAAGUUCAGAAGUGAUGGCUUAAAAAGUUGAUGCUUCUGAGGUUAUUGAGGCUUGUUUCUAAGUUCUUACUGGGUAGAAGUCAUUUGUAUCUUAAAACAGACUGUACCUAUCUGGUCAUGUUGAUUUACUAGAAAAUGACUUGAGCCUUGUCAUUAUAGUGCUGGCAACUAUGUUGAAUUCAGUACUCAGAUGAAGAAUAAAAACUGAUCAACCGUGAGCUUUGUAAUGCAUUCCAAUCUUGUGAGUGAGUUGUCAGACAAUUGUAGGGUGUUCACAAGUCAAUUUUUACAGCAGAAGUCCUCCUUAGGGUAACAAUGUUGUGGUUUGGCCUUGUAUGUAAAUAGUCCUUCAAAAAAGAAAAUGUAUUCUAAGUCUUUGCAGCUGUAUCGCCAUUGCAUGUAAAUCACCAGAUGUAUAGCAUAAAGAAGGCUUCUGUGCCAAUUUCUAUAUGUAGAAAAUACAUUUAUUUUCAUCACGGUAAUGGGAAUAUUUAAAUGUUGGCCAAAGGAAUCCCUUUAUUUAUGUUCAGUGUUAUCACCUGACUUUUAGAUAAACAGAAUUUGCACAGGAGAUAGUCAGGCAAACCGCAGACCUAUCACUGGAGAGCUGCUUUAUUUUUUUUGAAGAGAACUGUAAAUUGAAUUAAUUUGUGUGCUGUUGCCUGACUUUGGUCACUCUUAGCAUGACUGGAAGUUCAGAGACUGUUUUAAGAAGUUCACACCUGCAUUCAUACAAAAAGCAAAGAACACCCUGGAAAGCAACUUUUUGAGGGACUGAGCUACAAUUAUUGCUUGAACUUCUUGACUACACUUCAGAUUUUGUGUAUAUAAAGCUCUUGGUCACUGUUUCACUUCCCAGCACUGAAGCAAAAUCUAGACUAUUUCAACAUCUCUGGUUUUCAAAUGCUUUGAAACAACUGUGGUCUGUGCAGGCUGGUACUGUUCUUAAGUUACACUUGGGCCAGAGAUCUUAACUGCAAAGACUGGGUUAUACCAUACUCCUUGUAGGCUGUAAUAUUUUUGUCUAACUUAUUUUUCCAUAAGCUGUAAUCUAUAGCAAAUUGAUACUAGAAAUACUGAAAUGUGUGAUUGGUACAGAAAGAAACUGAGCAGCAGUAUUGAAAAGAAAGCAGUAGUACAUAACUUAAUUGCCUUGAUCAUUGAGUCCAGCAAUACUUUUGAAUUUGUAAUUAUUAAAUAAUAUUGUUCAUGACAUGUAACUAUCAGAUAUUACAUCUUAAUGAUUGAGUAAUAAAGCCUUUCUGCCUGAGGUGUAACUGGAUCUCAGCUAACUUCAUAGGUUUAGUUAAGCCACUGUUACAUGGAUGUGUAUUUUAGAAACAGAUCUGCUGUAGGCUGUCAGGAGUCCUAAUUCACUUUAAUUUACUACUGUUAAUGAUUUCCCUUGAUAACUGUUUUCUAUGUGUUUCUAUUUAUUGUUUGUAUGCUGUGCAUUCCUAUGGUUUUCUUGGUCCAGUGUUUUGCUACUUUUGUGCUUGCAUAUCCUGGGCGGUAUUGCUACUAACGUCUUUCUGUGGAGCCUGGGAAGAGGGAAUCUGUGGUGGUAGUGUUUUUAACCUUGUAUUUCUUCUAUUUAAAGAAGAGAGCCUAAAGUACUUAUAUUCAAUUUGCACAUUCUGUAUAGGACUUUAUAUACUAGUUCAGGUACGGAGGGUAGAUAGUUUAGGAGAGUUGUGUUUACAGAUGAAAAUGAAAGAAGGGUAUUUAUCAGGCCCUGUAUUCUUUAUAUACAAAUAUGACAAUAUUGCUCUGAUUUUUACCUAUCUUAGAUUUGAUACUGUUAGUAUGAUUUUUAUUUACUUUCAUCAUCAGCUAUCUGGAGAACGGUAUUCACGUAUGAGGAACUUUGCUGUGCUCUUGCUUUCAUGGUUAAGGUUGUGCCUCUGUUCAUCUCUAUUGCGUACCCUUUACAGAGAUGUGAUUUGAGCUGUAUUUUUUUUUUGUUGGUUCUUACAAUGUGGCUUGGAUUUAUUUAACCAUACAGGAGGUUUAUCUAAAGCAACAGAUUAUAAUAAAUAGAUUGUGAACCAGCGUGUGUUUCAAUCAUUAUGCAGUUAAGCUUUCUGGGAUACUCAGUUUUUUUUUUUUUUAAAUAGUCUUUGCAUUCUUGUGGAAGUCAGAUAUAAUGCAGGUGCUCUCAGCAUCACUUCUGCUUUAAUGUGUAGUUCAGAUAAGGCCAUGUCACUUGCGAGCUGUUACUGCUUCUCAACUUCUGCUUUGGAUUUACAAGUUUAUAGUAUGUUUGUGAAUGUUCUCAAAAUCCUACUAAAAACAAUUUUGUAUCCUUUGAAUAAUGUUUUUGAAAGUCUUAUACAAUUAAAUACGUAUUUACUAGUGAA